AUGGUCGGAAGGUACUUUCCUUUCCUCUCUCUCUCUCUCUCUCUCUUCCUCUUUCUUUGCCCGCUUAACGAGCAGUCGUCAUGGGGCGGUCGGACACUUUCAAUCACCCAGUCAUAAGUAUGAGCCUCAUAAAGAGAGAACAUCGUCGGCCAUUCCUUCUUCUUCUUCCUUGGUCGUUUCCUCUCCUUUCCCUCUAUUCAUAUCAUUUGGUAACCAUCCUCCUUCCCCCUGGCCAUUCUCUUCCACACACUCCUUCUCGAUGGUUCUUCUUUUCAGAGAGAUGGGUUUCGACGCGUCGUUGCUCAAAAGUGUGCUCGAGCAGUUCGUCGACGAGAUCGGCGAGGAGUCGGUCGACCUGAUCGAAGACCGUCCUCGCUUCGCCCACGCAGUCGUCGUCGUCACCGACGCGUCCGGAGAGAUGUGUCAGGCGUCGUGCAUCCGUCAACUCGACGAUGUGAUCCUCCACGAGACCAGCGUUGCCAAUGUGUUCGUUUUCAGUCACUGGAAGCAUUUGGAUUUAGAAUGACUGAUUUCAGAAACUCUGAGUGGAUGGACGAAGAGAUUCAACGUGCUCUUCGUGAGCUGACCGAGUCCCGCGGCUUGCUGGACACCCCGCGAAACAGCAUUUUCGUGGAAGAGAAGCGCGAAAAGCAGAAGACGGUGACGACGACCACGACGAGCACGGAGACCACUCGCAGUGCUACCAGCCGAGUCGAGGUAACCUUGCCAUCGAGAAUGUGCAAUCAAGUAUAUGGUUUUCAGUUUCCGUCGAUGAGCCGUCGCGCCCGUUCCUCCUCGGCCGCCCGUCGUUUCCACUGA